AUGCAUCUUCAAUUUCUUCUUCCGGCAUUGUUAGCCGUCGGGGGUACCCGGGCGGCACCAUGGAUGGCACCGGAGCCUGUGGAACACAGCUUGUCUAAGCGCCAAACCGAUACGUCUGCCGCAUCGGUCUUCAUACCGGCCUCAACCCUCGAGACAGAUAUUCUGGCGGCCAAAGGUCUUGUCAACCUGGCAUUCUACGAGCUGACGAAUCCCUCUGGGGGAAGCUGCAAUUUGCUCAAUGCGGCGGUGCGAAGAGAAUGGUCCACGCUAUCAAAGGAAGAAAGGCUUGAGUACAUCAAUGCUGAGUUGUGCUUGAUGUCGAAGCCGUCGCAGGAUCCUAGUUUCGCGGCAGGGGCGAAAUCGCGCUACGACGACUUUGUUGCCGUGCAUAUCAACCAAACACUAUCCAUCCACGGAACCGCAAACUUCCUGGCGUGGCAUCGUACCUUCACCUGGAACUUCGAGCAAGCGCUGCGGAAUGAGUGUGGCUACACAGGGUAUCAACCGUACUGGAACUGGGGAAAGUACGCCUUUGACCCUCUCAACUCUCCACUAUUCGACGGCAGCGACUACAGCAUGUCAGGCAACGGUGCUUACGCGCCACACGGCUGCACUGAAGCCCUGCCCACGGAUCUGAACUGCAUUCCUCCUGGCUCUGGAGGCGGUUGCGUGACCACGGGGCCGUUCAAGGAUUAUGUCGUCAACUUGGGUCCCGUUGCGCCGACCCUGGAUGUCCCGGGGAUCAUCAACUACUCCAACCCCAACCCUCUCGCCUACAACCCCCGGUGUCUCCGUCGCGACAUCUCAUCCUGGGUGUCUUCCAACUGGACCAAGGACUCGGACUCUUACGACCUCCUCACCAACUACAACGACAUCCUGUCGUUCCAGAACCGCAUGCAAGGGGAUUUCAGCGUCGGGUUCUACGGCGUCCACACAGCCGGCCACUUCACCACCGGCGGCGACCCGGGCGGCGACAUCUUCUCCUCGCCCGCUGAGCCGACGUUCUUCCUGCACCACGCGCAAAUCGACCGCACUUGGUGGAUCUGGCAGAACCAGGACCCCCAGGACAGGAGGAGCGCCUUUGCCGGUGGUACCUCGACGCUGGACCCCGUCAACAGCCCGCCCGGAAAGCUGACAGACCCGAUCAUCAUGGGAAGUUUGGGACAGACAAUCGAGAACCAGGACGCGUUGUGGACCACCGCGGGGCCUUUCUGCUACAUUUACGUCUGA